UAGUUGCGCUUUCUGUCAAGUGACUUUUGCUUGUGACAUCAUUACAAAUGAAAUGUUUUAUCAAUUGUUCGAACCAUUUAAAAUAGGUUACGUUCUUCCACUCCCUCUUUUUAUCCAAAUAGCGGUGUUGUUAACCGUCUUAAAAUAAUAUUAUUAAAUUUCUAACUUAGAAUGGUGAACUGCACAAGCAUUGUGGAAUCCUUAUUUUCCUAUGAAACUCCAAAAAUUGUCCAAAUUAAGAGCAUAUUGGUUGGGGUUAUCAGUCGUCUUAUACAGUUGAUUAUUAUUGCCUACAUAAUAGGGUAUGCUAUUGUUUAUCAAAAAGGUUAUCAAGAAUUCAGUGAUGUUGAAAGCUCAGUUACCACAAAAGUAAAGGGUAUUGCUUUUACAAACUUUUCUAAUGAUGCUUUUAACCCUAAAAUUUUGCAUCCUGAUUGGUAUCGUAGAGUUUGGGAUGUUGCUGACUUUGUUGUGCCACCAUCUGAAAAUGGAGCUACAUUUAUAGCUACUAAUGUAAUCAUUACUGCUAAUCAAACCAUGGGAACAUGUCCUGAAGAUCCAUCAAUUUCUGAAGCUCUUUGCAAUAAAACACAUAAUAUUUGUAUUGCUGGGGAAGUCUUGCCGGGAGGAAAUGGUAUUAUGACAGGAAAAUGCAUUGAAAAUGAUAGGGAUAAUUCAAUAUCAACUUGUGAAAUAAAUGCAUGGUGCCCAAUUGAAAAUGAUAUACCGCCUUUGAAAGAUGCAACAGCUCUCUUGAAGGCCAGUGAAGAUUUUACUGUUUUAAUAAAGAAUUUUGUAGAUUUUCCUAAAUUUGCUAAUGCCAAAAGGCGCAACAUAAAGGAUACAUCAGACACGGAUUAUUUGAAAAGUUGCCUUUAUGAUCCACAAAAUUCUACUGACUGUCCUAUCUUUAAACUUGGAGAUAUUGUACGAUGGAGUGGGCAGAAAAAUUAUAAUGAUGUUGCUUCACAAGGUGGGGUUAUUUCCGUAGUCAUUAAAUGGGACUGUAAUCUUGAUUUUGAUAAAAAGUAUUGCUUUCCUACAUAUGAAUUUAAUCGAUUAGAUGAUCCUGAUGCAAAUUUAGCUCCUGGGUGGAAUUUUAGGUAUGCCAAUUAUUAUGCUGAUAAUGUACGUACUUUGUACAAAAUGUUUGGUAUAAGAUUAACAAUAAAUGUGGUUGGUCAUGCUGGAAAGUUUAGAAUUGUUCCUCUUUUGCAAAAUGUGGGAGCUGGAUUGGGAUUACUUGCAUUGGAGGUUGUAAUUUGUGAUAUAGUGGUUCUUUAUUUAGUAAAAAAGCAUAACUAUUAUAAAUCAAAGAAGUAUGAAGAAGUAGAUCCUGAAGAUGAACCAUUGAUAAUAGUGCCUGAAGAAUCCAGAGCUAAUCAUGAAUCAAUACUUCCAAUAAAAAGAGAUAUGGGAGAUGGGUACGAAAGACUUGAAGAUUAAUGAUGAUGAUCAUUUGAAGAUCUUUUUGCCAGUAUACAGAAAUCUGAAAUAUUCCAUAAAAUAACUCAAUUAUCUGUGAUACUUUUAAAUAGAAGAUAGAUCUGUGAUAAUAUAAACCAAUUCUAACAUAUUGUGUAUUAUUUUAAAUAGAAAUAAUUUAGUAAUUUAUAAGUAGUUUUGUUGACCACUUUUUACUGUAUAUACUAUAUUUUUUUUAAACCUGUGAUAUACCCUAUUAAUUAGAAAAAUUGUUUGAAAUCUUUUUAAUUUGAAAUGAUUUUGAGAAUCAUAUCUAGUCAAAAUGACUUAUGUUUUCUUACAAGUAUCUGAAAGAAUAUGUGAUGGCAUUAUAUCAGGCUCUGUCUAAUUCAUGCAUUUAGCUAAAUGUGGGACCAAGCUGUAUAAGAUACCGAUUGAAUAAAAUCCUGAAAUAUGCUAA